AUGCAUCCAGCCUUGCCAAUCCUCCCGCUCUUAGCCUCCUGCUUGCUCCUCCUCCUCCUCCACCGCGCGCACGCCGACUGCGAGCCGGCGACAUGCGGGAGCCUCACGCUCAGAUACCCAUUCUGGCUCGGCGUCAGCGGCAGCAACCACACCUCAUCCUGCGGCCACCCGUCGUUCGAAGUCUGGUGCAGCGACAACGGCGGCGUGGCCUCCGUGAAGGGCUCCUCCAUCCAUGUCCAGGGCAUCGACUACACCAACACCUCCUUCAUCGCCUCCCACACUAGGAUCAGCGGCGCCAGCGGCGUGUGCCGCACCGACUUCAACGUGUCCGUCAGCGUCGCGCUGAGCCCGUUCUCGAUCAUCCGGAGCAACCGCGCCCUGUGCUUCCACUACAACUGCAACAGCACGCAGCCGAGCGGGCCCGGCUCCGUCAACGCCACAUCCAGCUGCGUUGCCCCUAUCUACGCGUACCUCGCCGGGGCCUACGACUACUGGGACAGCCCGCCGGCGAUCGCGACGGGAGGGUGCACGUUCACGUACGUCCCGGUGCUGGGGCGGGAGGCCGAGGCCAUGACGGCGGCCAACUACAGCCGGCUGCUGAAAGACGGGUUGGUGCUGGAGUGGCAGGCAGCCGCCAUCGGCGACUGCGCCGCCUGCAGCGCCGGCGGCGGGAGUGCCGGUAUGACAACGCGGCGGCGGCGUUCUACUGCCUCUGCCCCGACGGUAGUCUGCGCGCGGGGUCAACAUGCGCCGGUGAGUCAGGCAUCCACGUACUGGUUCAACAAUCAGCCUCUGUGA